GAUCAGCUGAGCGGGAGUUUAGUGAUAGUCCGCGGUUUUCAAGAAUAACCGGGAACUUUAAGCUUCAUUAGAUGCCUAUUGCCUAAUGUUCAAAUCCGUUAUAAGAUAACGUUUAAAUAUGUCUAACAGCAUUUCUAAGGAUGAUUUCAACGAAGGACCCCAAGAGUACCACACUGGGGUAAUUGCCUUCUUCAAGUCUUUACCAGAGGCUGGCAGAGCAUGUGCCCAAAUUUUUGACCGAGGAGACUACUACUCUGUACAUGGAGAGACUGCCAGGCUUGCUGCAGCUACUGUUUUCCAUACAAAUGCUGUCAUCAAGAAAAGAGGCUCUGGCCAAAAUCAAGUUGACACCGUGUUCCUCAACCAGUCCAACUUUGAAACCUUCAUCCGAGAACUGCUCCUGGUGAAGCAGUACAGAGUGAGCAUCUACAAACAACAGAAUAAUAAAAAUGACUGGGCUGAGGAAUUCAAAGCAUCUCCAGGCAAUCUUAGCCAGCUGGAAGACGUUUUGUUUGGGGGCUCUCAGGAACAGACCAAUAAUGCAGCCGUCAUGGGGGUGAAAAUUGCCUCUGAUGGCUCUAACAAGACUGUAGGUGUUGGUUAUAUAGACAUCACAUCCCGGGUGCUGCGAGUUUGCCAGUUUACAGACACAGAAAAUUUCAGCAACUUGGAGGCGCUCAUCGUACAGCUCGGGCCCAAGGAGUGCCUGCUGCCUCAUGGCGAGGCCAAGACUCGGCAUGGCGCGUGCCUUGAGCGCAAUGGGGUGCUGGUGACGGAGCGGAAAAAGACAGACUUUAGCGCGAGCGACGCGGCGCAGGAUUUGAGCCGCCUCGUGCGGGGCUGGAGCAGCGGAUCUGUCGUGGCCAGGCCUGAGAUGCAGCACUCACUGGCCACCGGCGCGCUCGGUGCUGCUCUCAAGUACCUUGAGCUGACUUCAAACGAAGGGAACUUCGGGCAGUUCAGCUGCAGCGUGUAUGACCUGAACCAGUUCAUGCGGCUGGACUCCGCUGCACUAAAGGCCUUGCACGUUGAGACCAACGACAACACAGGCCCCGCAGUUCACAACACUACGCUGCUCUCUGUACUGGACAAAUGUCGCACCAGCGCCGGCCACAGAAUGAUGGCACAGUGGCUCAGGCAGCCGCUGCUUGAUAUCAACCAGAUUGAGGAGCGGCAGGACCUGGUGACGGCGUUCGUGGAGAGCGCGGAGAUGCGCAACAGCGUCGCGGAGGUGCACCUGAAGCGCGUGCCUGACCUGCCCAGGAUCGCCAGGCGGCUCGCCAAGAAACAAGCAAACCUGCAGGACUGUCACCGACUAUACCAGUGCGCCGAGGUGCUGCCAGAUCUCUGCGAGUCUCUGGCUCGUUAUGAAGGACCUCACUGCGCUACCAUCUCUGCAGUCUUCAUCUCACCAAUCCAGGAGAGUGUUGGCGACCUCAGCAAAUUCCAGGAGAUGAUUGAGACGACUGUUGAUCUAGAUCAGGUCAAGCAAGGCGUUUAUGUCAUCAAACCGGACUUUGAUGAAGAACUUUGCGCCAUCCGGGGAAGCCUGGACACGUUGGAAAGUCAACUAAACAGCGCCCUGCGUGUAGCUGCUGCCGACUUGGGACUCGAGGCUGGCAAAACGAUAAAGCUUGAACAAAACGGCCAGUACGGCCACUUCUUCAGAGUCACUUUGAAGGAUGAGAAGUCCAUCCGCAAUAAUCGCGCCUACCACACGCUGGACACUAACAAAGCCGGCGUUCGUUUCCGGAAUAGCAGAGUCGCUGACAUCAGCGCUGAAUAUUCCACCCUGAUGAAGCAGUAUGAGAAGCAGCAACAUAAAGUUGUUACGGAAAUUCUUGCGAUUGCCAGUGGGUAUGUGGAGGUGAUCCAGAGCCUGUCGUUUGCCCUCACUACCUUGGACUGCAUCAGUGCUCUGGCCUCCGCCGCUGUCUCGUCCCUGGUGCCGUACGUGCGACCCCACAUGCGUCCUCGGGGGUCGGGCUCCCUUCAUCUCGUCCAGUGCAGGCAUCCCUGCCUUGAACUGCAGGAUGGCGUGUCGUAUAUUCCUAAUGACACCAGCAUGGGUGAAGAUAAUGGUUGCUUCCAUAUCAUCACGGGGCCGAACAUGGGUGGCAAGUCCACCUACCUUCGUAGCGUGGCUACGGCUGUGCUCAUGGCUCACGUUGGAUCGUACGUGCCAUGCAAUGAGGCCAGCAUUCCAAUCGUGGACGCCAUAUUAGCUCGAGUUGGUGCCGGUGACUGUCAGCAAAAGGGCGUUUCUACUUUCAUGGCAGAGAUGCUGGAGACUUCAAGUAUACUCAAGACUGCAACACGCGACUCUUUGAUCAUCGUCGAUGAGCUGGGUCGUGGUACUUCAACUUACGACGGGUUUGGCCUCGCCUGGGCCAUAUCUGAACACAUUGCUCGGGAAAUCAAGUCCUAUUGUUUGUUCGCUACACAUUUCCAUGAAGUGACUGCCUUAGCAGAAGUUCUGCCUGAAACUGUCAGGAACUUCCACGUGGCGGCUGCUACUUCAGAAGACACAUUGACCUUAUUGUACCAGGUGCUACCUGGUGCGUGCGACAGAAGCUUUGGAAUCCAUUGCGCUACAAUAGCCCACUUCCCACCUAAGGUUGUUGAGUAUGCUAAACGGAAAGCUGAUGAACUAGAAGAUAACUUUGCUGCUGGUGACGACGAAGAUAAUCCUGAUGCUGUGGUCAAAAGGAGGAAAGAAAAAUCUGAAGGAGAAGAGCUCAUUAAGGCAACUUUAACGGAAGCAUCUGGCUGGAAACUUGACAACAUGAGUGACGACGAACUUGAGCAAGCUCUGUGUAUUCUGAAAUCAAACAUUGUGGCCAAGGACAACUCUUACAUUAAUCAUUUGCUUGCAGUAUCAUAUUAAUUACGAGGUAUUUACUAUAUAUUAUUAGGCUGCUAGAAUUGCAGAAUAUUGGUGAAAAAAAUCAAGUUUUUCAACGAGUCCGAUUGUAGUAUCAAAGUGUGUCAUCGUUCUGCGCCAACGUAAAUUCGCUGGUUAAAAUUCGUUCGUAUAGAAUCUUUAUUAAAUCUGUCCAAAUU